AUGGAUUCUGUUCUAUUCAAGCCAUUAAAUGUUGGUCGCGUGUCACUCGCACAUCGCGUGGUGAUGGCGCCUCUAUCUCGUUUCCGAUUUUCCGCCGAACACACACCGCUGGCCAUAGUUGUUGAAUACUACACCCAGCGCGCUUCUGUCCCAGGGACCCUUAUCAUCGCUGAAGCAGUCUUGAUAUCAGAAGCACACGGUGGUUUCCCUAACGGGCCUGGAAUAUGGAGUGAAGACCACGUAGCAGGAUGGAAGGUCAUCACCGAUGCAGUCCACAGCAAGGGAUGCAGCAUUUUUUGCCAAUUGGUUGCUCCAGGUCGUGCAGCCUACGUCUCUCAUCUGCAGGCAAAUGGUGGUCAUCCACUUCUGAGCUCAAGCGCUAUUCCUCUUCCCGAUAGUUCUGAUAUUCCUCAGGAGAUGACAGCCGCACAGAUUGAGUCGGCUAUUGAGGAUUUUGUGCAUGCUGCGCGCAAUGCCAUCGCUGCUGGCUUCGAUGGCAUUGAAUUGCACGGAGCAAACGGCUACCUGAUUGACCAAUUUAUCCAAGAUAAUUGCAACAAGAGAACAGACCAAUGGGGUGGAAGCAUGGAAAACAGAGCAAAGUUCCCGAUAGACAUUGUCGCCGCCACAGUUGAUGCUAUCGGUGCUGACAGGGUUGCCUUCCGUGUGAGCCCUUUCGCUAAUUUCCAAGGUAUGAGGAUGGAAGAUCCCGUCCCCCAGUUCUCGUAUCUUGUAUCAAAGUUGAAAGACUUUAAGCUUGCAUAUCUACACAUCAUCGAAUCACGAGUGAACAACUGGGAGGAUGUGGAAAAGGUGGAGGGCAUCGAGUUCUUGUUGGAUAUCUGGAACGGCAUAUCCCCCGUCUUUGUAGCUGGUGGCUUUACCCCAGAGAUUGCGCGAAAAGCUGUUGAUCAGGAAUAUGCCAAAUAUGGCGAUGUUGCGGUCGUGUUUGGACGGCACUUCCUGGCAAAUCCGGACCUUCCAUUCCGGAUAAAGAAUUGUCUACCACUCAACAAGUAUGACCGCAGUACAUUCUACACAGCGUCGAAGUCCAAGGGCUACAUAGAUUAUCCCUUUCACCCCGAAUUCACACAUGGGAAGGCGUUGAAUUAG